CAGCUUCAGGCGCACUGACGGAACAGGACUGCUUUUAAAUUUAGACUUUUAGGCUUUUUAAACGUUGUUUAAAUCAGAGAAAAACUAUCUGCAGUUAUUUCUGAAUAUAUAUCAGUUUGUUUUCCGCUGUUUUGUUGCUUAUUCGACAAUAACACAGUCAUUUAUCUGCUUUUAAACUCUUUUUGAGUCUUUGGCCUAUAAAAUUUUUAAUUUUUAAACUUUCGCUAAAACCAAGUCUGGCUUUUUAAACUCCAGCAGACGUUAAAAAAGAAGAAAGCUCUCAAGAAGCUGCCACGUUUCUGAAUUUAAAAACAGGCUGAAUUUCUUUAUUUUUAUCUUUAUUUUUUGGGGCGCUUAAAAACGCACGGAGGCUCACCAUGUCACAGAUGCGCAGGCAACUCCUUGGCACCGCGGCCAGUGGAGUGGGCUGGGUGGGGGUGAUUGUGGCCACGGCCACCAACGACUGGAUCCGGACCUGCGACUACACCAAGGCCACCUGCGUCCGCAUGGACGAGCUGAGCUCCCGAGGCCUGUGGGCAGAGUGCGUCAUCUCCCCGUCCCUUUACCACUGCGUGGGCCUCACCCAGAUCCNCUCCCUCUCAGCCUACGUGCAGACAGCUCGUGCUCUGAUGAUCUGCGCGUGUUUGCUGGGUCUCCCCGCCACGCUCCUGAUCCUCAUGUCCAUGGCCUGCGUGCGUCUGCAGAACGACACCUCAGCUGUGAAGAAGCGCCGCGCCCGAGUGGGAGGCGUCCUCUUCAUCUUCAUGGCUGUGUGCAGCAUCAUAUCUACCGUCUGGUUCCCCAUCGGCGCUAAUAAAGAGGAAGAUCUGAUGUCAUUCGGCUUCUCUCUGUACUCCGGCUGGGUCGGCUCCGCCCUCUGCCUCCUAGGCGGCAUCAUCAUCUUGUGCUGCCAGGGCAUCGACCCCGGGACCCCGAGUAGGGACGACAGCUUCUACUACUCUGGGAACAGGGGGACGGCCACGCUCCUCGACCCCCCCGCCAACCACGCCAAGAGCGCCCGGGUGUGAAGGAAGCAGGCGCUCUAUAUUUAACCAAGUUUCUCUUUGAGUUUAAAGCCAUAUUCGCCAUCGAUGAGACAUGCCAUUAUCUGUUUACUGUUUCAAGAUUAAAAUCCACAAUGAAAAUGAAUGUUGGCAGGAUGGAGGGAUUAAUAAUAAGCUCACACUCAGAAGAUCUUUUGGCCUCAAACUAGGGAAGUCUGGAGAAUCUGUGUAUGUUCCAGAAAAUAUGUUUCAAAAUCAGUAAUUGCAUCAAACUUACUCCAGUCCUUCAGGACUCCACAUAUUGAAGCCUCAACUUUAGCAUUUUGUUAUUCUUUUAGAGAUAAAAGUCUUAGUGACGUCUUCAGAGAGACUAAAGGAUCAAAACUCAGAAUAGCAACAAAAAAAAGGACAAAGUUUUAUUAUACUGAAUGAAAAAACAAGAACGGGGUAGAAAGCCAGGAAGACGAGCAAAACAAGUAGCAUGCAAGCAUCAAAACACAACAAUGUUAGACAAACACUGAGGGGAAGGGCAGACCCACACCGAGGACUAACUGGAGACUGAGAAAAGCUGGUAAACACGACACAGGUUAAAGCAAUCAAGACAUAUUCAAAAGGUGGGAAAGUAAAACUCAAACCAAGGCACAAAGUAAAAAAGGAAACAAAAAAACUGAGACAAGAAAGCUCUCACUGAUACAAAGUAACACAAUGGAAGAAAGAACAAUCAGGAAGUCCAAACAGGAAUACACAAAUCCACUUCAAACUCUGGCAUUACAGGAAAAAACUAAACAAACUCAAAUGUGUUUCUAAACCAAUCACAUGACCAGCCCCCGAGGUCAUGCCUGUGAUUGGUCUGUUAGUAGAAUUAACCACACGAACAGACGUCCAGUGAAGCUUAGCAGAAAGCUUGCAGCUGUUUGUAAUUUCAUUUCCUGUAUACGUAUAAAUACAUAUUUCACAUCUUCAGCUACCCAGCCAGGAAGGAAAGCCCCCCCUGUUUGACCGGCUGUGACCAUCUGUGCGCGCGACAAGUUAAUCACUGUCAGCAGCUCUUUGUUUCCACAUUAUAAAUAUCAAACUGUUGUUUUCAUGGUCGCUUUAGUGUUUAUGAUACUUUUAAAUUGAGCUCAUAUUUAAUCCCCCACAGUCGGCUGUCACUUUUUUUAUCAUUUCUUUUUACUUUUAUGUUAACAGCAUAAUCAAAAUAAAUCAUCUGCAUACCCACAUGGUUAAA